AUGUCUGGUCCAUUGGAACGCGCAGUGCAAGACCAGGUGUGGCAGUUACCUUCAUCAGCAACUGAACAUGUCCCUGGUAUUCUCCGGUUGUGUGUUGGUAUGCCAGUCAUGUUGAAGCACAGUGAAGCUACUGAGCUGUGUGCAAUGAAUGGUGCGGAAGGCACUGUCUAUAGCUGGGAUGCUCACGAGGGCGCAGAAGGACGACUUCAUAUUGACACCCUAUUCGUGAAACUAGUCAAUCCUCCCCGUCAUGUUUGUCUCCCCAAUUUGCCCGAGGAUGUAAUACCCAUCGGGAGUGUUGCAGAAAAAUUAGAGUGCGUUCUCCCUAACGACUCCAAAAUAUCCAUCUAUCGGCAACAAGUUCAUGUCUUGCAGAAUUUUGCUAAGUCUGAUUUUGGCAGCCAGGGACGCACUAGACCGUUUAAUUUAUGUCAUCUCAGAAACUGUCGAAAUCAGCAGUCUAUGUACACUUGCUUAUCUCGCAGUAGCUCUCUGGCUGGCAUAUUAAUUUUGGACGAUUUUGAUGAGAUGAAGGUGCGAGGUGGAAUAAAUGGUCCACUGUGCCAAGAAUUU